AUGGAGGACGAGUCAUUUACUGAUAUAACAACUACAAAAUCUCUCGCCAGCUUUACCAUCAGUACUGACAAUGAGGCAAGCGAGCGCCUGAAGAAGCAAAAAGAAAGUCUCGCUUCUAAGCAGAGCUCAAGAGCCAAGGUACCGUCAUGGUAUGCCACGGAUGUGAAGGGACAGAACGAAGAGAAAGCUGUACAGACGAUUGCACCGAAAAUCGUCGAUUCUCCACCGAAGUCAAGUAUAUGGUCCCGUUGGGGUGGCGGUUCAAGUGCUAAUCCGAAAUGGAAGGGAAGCAAUGGGAGUAUUCCUAUGACCCCAACACUCUCGGAAGGCAUAGGGUUCAAGGACACAAAAUACAAGCCAAAGGAUAGUUUACAAGAACCGAAGCGAGUGAUAUGGCGGGACAUCUAUGCAGAAGUUAUUCGAACCACAUCCUGCUUUCACCCGCAGCACGGAGACGCUCAUGAAGCAAAAGUGGUGCUCAAUCAAGUAUCUGGAUACGCUGAUCCGGGACAGCUGACCUACAUAAUGGGAACAAGAUGAAUUUGGGCAACUGUCGCAACACUAAAAUCGGAAGUGCACUACAAAAAAAUUUAUCGGGAGGAGAACGCAAGCGCUUGGCUUUCGCUACAGAGAUUCUGGCGGAUCCAUCGAUUCUGUUCUGUGACGAGCCGACUUCUGGUCUGGACUCGGCCAUGGCUUUGCGGGUUGCUCUGGCACUUAAAAUGUUAGCAUCCAAAGGGAAAACUGUAAUCAGUACAAUCCAUCAACCUUCAAGUCAGGUUUAUGAAAUGGCUGACAGGUUGAUACUACUAACUCACGGCCAGAUCACCUAUCAAGGAAAUGCCUCACAAGUCGGAGAUUUCUUCAGCUCGUAAGUCUUGAUAACUUUCAAUUCACAGCAUUGGUGUGGAUAUCCCAGCCCCAAAUUCACCAGUUUACCGGAUCAUUUUAUCAAAGUCCUUUCUAAAGAUGAAGAUAUUACUGAAGAAGAGUACGCAAAUAGGAUCAAGCAUCUCGUGGAUUCGUAUGAAGCGUCAGAGGAAGGAAAAGUUGUUCAUCAUAUGACCCACAUGUUCACUGUAACCUCUACGGAACAGAAGGCUAAACUUAUAAGUGGGAGCGAUGAAAAGUACUUGUCAAUGAUUUGCCCGCUGUCAUACGCGAAUAUCAAGCGAAUACAUACGCCCCUAGUGCGUACUUCCUUGCAGUCGUCCUGGCCGACAGUGUACAGUACCUUAUACACCCGACAAUUUACUCACUGAUUAUUUACCUCAUGGCAGGAUAUUCUAGAUCAUUCUCGCAAUAUCUGCUUUUCAAUUUGCUCAAUAUUACAGUAGCAAAUGUUAGUACUUCAGUUGCUUAUGCAGCAGCUUCUAUCUGUGGACGUCUGACGAUUGCAGUAAUUUUUGUUCCUAUGGUGAUCAACAGUUCCCUUAUUUUCGCUGGGUUUUUCAUUGACUUGAGGACUAUUCCUGUUUACUUCGCAGUGUUACCCCACCUCUCAUGGUUCAAGUAUGCGUAUGAGGCUUACAUGAUCGUUCUUCUCAAACCGAUUGAAGAAAUAGUCGGUUGCCCAUCAGAAAAUCCUUAUGACGCUACAGUGUGCUCCGCAAAAAAUGGUGUUGAGGUUCUCUUGUCUCUCGGGUUCCAUCCGGGUUUCUAUCUUGUGAAUUUCACCAUCCUUCUUAUCUUCAUUAUUUUUAUACGAGGAAUCGCACUAAUUGCGUUUUCAAUACGAGUACGAAGAAGCUGAACUGUCCUGACGAGAAAUUAUUUGGCGAUUUCCGAAUCUACACAUUAAAUCAAUACUUCUUAACAGCAAACAUAAGGUUCUCUUAA